UAGGUGAGCAGACAGAAGUUGUGUCAGUGAACAGAGAGGGCUCUCAGUCUGGGGCGAGCGCUCUAGUGAGCGUGGACGGAUGCUUAGGCAGUAGUCCUGGCAGCGGCGGCAGCAGCAGGCAGUAGUGGUGGCAGAAGAGGGGAAGAGGGACGGCCCCGAGACCUACACACACUCACACUUUCAAGUUCUCUUGAAGGGAGAGGAGUUGGGGCUGCAGAAAGAGGAGGCCAGGAGCGGUCCCAUCUAUCCCAUUCCAUCUCCCCCUCUUCCUCUUGCUCCCUGGCUCUGUGAGAGUUCAGGAUUUGGGUAGCCAUACGUGGCAGCGAGGGCAAAGGGGCCGGGAGAGUGGGGACCAGAGCCAAAGGUGUAGUGGAAGAUGCCCAUCCUGCUGUUCCUCAUAGAUACGUCCGCCUCCAUGAACCAGCGCACUGACCUGGGCACCUCCUAUUUGGACAUUGCCAAAGGCGCUGUGGAGUUAUUCUUGAAGCUGCGAGCCCGGGACCCGGCCAGCCGCGGAGACAGGUACAUGCUGGUCACCUACGAUGAGCCUCCGUACUGCAUCAAGGCUGGUUGGAAGGAAAAUCAUGCCACAUUCAUGAGCGAGCUGAAAAAUCUUCAGGCUUCUGGACUGACUACUCUUGGUCAGGCUCUAAGAUCCUCAUUUGAUUUGUUAAAUCUCAACAGAUUAAUAUCUGGAAUAGACAAUUAUGGACAGGGGAGAAAUCCGUUUUUUUUAGAGCCAUCUAUUUUAAUUACCAUCACAGAUGGAAACAAGUUAACAAGUACUGCUAGCGUUCAAGAAGAGCUUCAUCUUCCUUUGAAUUCUCCUCUGCCUGGAAGUGAACUAACCAAAGAACCUUUUCGUUGGGAUCAAAGGUUAUUUGCCCUGGUGUUGCGUUUGCCUGGAGUGGCUUCUACCGAACCAGAGCAACUAGGGAGUGUACCAACUGAUGAAUCGGCCAUCACACAGAUGUGUGAAGUCACAGGAGGUCGCUCCUACUGUGUAAGAACACAAAGAAUGUUGAAUCAGUGUUUAGAAUCACUAGUUCAAAAAGUGCAGAGUGGUGUAGUUAUUAAUUUUGAAAAAACAGGACCAGAUCCGCUUCCUGUUGGAGAAGAUGGACUGAUGGAUUUGUGUAGGCCGAGCAACUCAUUUGCUGCUCAGCCAUGGCACAGUUGUCAUAAACUCAUCUAUGUGCGACCUAAUUCUAAAACUGGUGUUCCUGUUGGACAUUGGCCAAUUCCAGAAUCGUUUUGGCCAGAACAGAAUUUAUCUUCACUACCUCCACGAACGUCUCAUCCUGUUGUGAGGUUUUCCUGUGUCGACUGUGAACCAAUGGUUAUAGAUAAACUGCCCUUUGACAAAUAUGAACUUGAACCCUCUCCCUUAACUCAGUACAUCUUGGAAAGAAAAUCUCCUCAUACUUGCUGGCAGGUGUUUGUUACCAGCAGUGGGAAAUACAAUGAGCUCGGAUAUCCGUUCGGUUAUUUAAAAGCUAGUACGACUUUAACUUGUGUAAACCUCUUUGUGAUGCCUUACAACUACCCAGUUUUACUUCCUCUUUUAGAUGACUUGUUUAAAGUUCACAAGCUUAAGCCAAAUCUGAAGUGGCGACAGGCUUUUGACAGCUACUUAAAAACUCUGCCUCCAUACUACUUACUACCAUUAAAGAAAGCACUAAGGAUGAUGGGAGCUCCAAAUCUGAUAUCAGAUAAUUUAGAUUGUGGACUUAGUUACAGUGUUAUCUCUUACCUUAAAAAACUCAGCCAACAGGUAGUAUUGGUAAAAACGAACAAACCAAAAUCCUUUGCCCUCAGAAGUGCAUUUCCUUAUUCUUUAGUACUGAGAUUGUUUCAUUUAAAACAGGAUUUGAAACCUCAGACAUAUAGAAAUGCUUAUGAUAUUCCACGUAGAGGACUUUUAGACCAGUUGACCAGAAUGAGAUCCAAUCUACUAAAAACACGGAAGUUUAUUGUGGGACAAGAUGAAGAUUCACUUCAUAGUGUUCCUGUUGCUCAAAUGGGCAACUAUCAGGAAUAUCUAAAGAUGCUGGCUUCUCCACUACGAGAGAUUGAUCCAGAUCAACCAAAAAGACUGCAUACUUUCGGCAAUCCAUUUAAGCAAGAUAAGAAGGGAAUGAUGAUUGAUGAAGCAGAUGAGUUUAUAGUAGGGCCACAAAACAAACUGAAACGUCCUGGAGAACCCAACAGUCCUAUGUCAUCUAAGAGAAGGCGGAAUGUCCCUGUCAUUCAUGAUGUCCAUGAAGAGAAGAUGGAAAAUGGGCAAAGCCCAGCUGAUGGCUUCUUAUUAAAAUCUUCUCCAGCAGAGUUUAUGAAUGUGGCAGGAGACGGCCUUAUAUCCAACCAAUUGGAUUCUCUAUCUGAUGACUUUACUAGUCUCAGGAAAGAUGGACUCAUUCACAAACCUAGUAAUAAUAUACUUAUAGGAGCAGCCAAAAGCUGCAGUCUUUCUGUAGAUGACAGAAAAAUCCCAGUGGCAUCUGCUUUGGACACUGUGCCAAAUUCAAUGCAAAUCACUCCUGCGAUGGCACAAGGCAUCAAUGCUGACAUAAAGCAUCAGUUGAUGAAGGAAGUUCGAAAGUUUGGACGAAAGUAUGAAAGGAUUUUCGUUUUGCUUGAAGAAGUGCAGGGACCGCUGGAGCUGAAGAAACAGUUUGUUGAGUUCACCAUCAAGGAAGCUGCAAGGUUUAAAAGAAGAGUCUUAAUUCAGUACCUUGAGAAGAAACAUUACGAAGUGCACCUGAGGCUGCUAACCUCUCACAUUUGUUCCUGCAUGUGACAACAGAGAGUCUUCAGGUAGACUUGUACAUUUUGUGCUUUGGAAGCACUAAAAGAAAAAAUAAUAUGUAUAUUUUCUUUGAUGUUUAUAUAAAAGUUUAUAUGGAGCAGUAUUGUUGCUUUUAUUUGUAAAAAUGUAAGUGAUCAAAGAGAUUUUCACUUUGCAUAUAUGAAAUAAAAUCAUUUUAUUGAUUUUCAAACUUUA